AUGCGCCGAUACGGUAGCUCCCCCCACAAAUAUCCAUCUCCCCACGACCACCACCAAGUCGACCAAGUGGUACAUUCCAUCCUGGACCACCACGUGGAGAAUCAACUGCCACCGUAUCCAACCAUCUCCACCCGCCGGCUCGCUUUUGAGCGUCACCGACCUCUCUGGCUGCGGGAGUGCAUCGCCGAGGCCACCGGCGUCUUCUUCUUCGUCUUUGCCGGCCUUGCUUCCAUCGCCACCUUCACCCUGCACCAUGCUACCGACAAGAACUCCGUCGCCGGGAUCGGCUCCAUCUUCCAGGUUGGCUGGGGCAUGGGGAUGGGUGUGGCCCUGGCUAUUAUUACCUGCGCCCCGACUUCGGGCGGUCACUUCAACCCGGCCAUCACCAUCUGCCUUGCCAUCUGGCAGCACUUUCCAUGGCGCAAAGUGCCCCGUUACAUCAUCAGCCAGAUCUUUGGCGCGUUUCUCGCCGCGCUGACCAUCAUGGUCCUGUACUGGGAGCAGAUUCAAGACUUUGCCGCCACUCGUAGGGCUGCAGGCCUGCCGCUGGUCGGCUCGCACACUCCGGCGUCCAUAUUCUGCUCCUACCCGCACCCAGACCAGAACCUAGGCUUCGUGCUGACCAUCGAGUUCGUCGCCGACGCCUUCAUCGCCCUUGUCGUCUGGGCCGCUCUCGACCCGUCCAACCCAUUCAUCCACCCCGCCGCCAUUCCCUUCAUCAUCGGCAUAGCCUAUGCCGACAUGAUUUGGGGCUUUGGAGGCAUCACGCUCAGCACCAACCUCGCGAGAGACCUGGGUGCCAGAAUCGUCGCCGGCAUCCUCUUUGGCGGCGAGGCCUUUACAUACCACGGCUACGCACCCAUCGGCAUGCUGGUCAACAUCCCUGCGACUUUGUUCGGAACCGCAAUCUACGAGUUUGCCUUUAGGGACAGUUUGAUGAUUGUCGGCAAGGGCCACGCCAACGCCGAGGGCGGCGACGCGGCACUAUACGCAUAUUUCAAGAAAGCCAAGUUGAUUGACGAGGAGCAGGGCAUAAAGGCAUAA